AUGAAGGCCUCUACCAUCUUCGCUGCUGUUGCAGCUUUCCUUCCUGCCGCCAUGGCUUGCAACGGUUUCACCGGUGGUGUUCCUAAGGCUGUUGGCACAAAGACCAACAAGGCCGUCAUUGAGGUCAAGGCCGGCCAGGUCUUCGACGGGCAGUGGUACAGGUACGACCGCGGCAGCGGUGCUUGCGGUGGCCAGGGUGAGGGAGACUACAAAGAUGCCGUCUUCUACCUCCACGAGGGUGCCACUCUCCGUAACGUCAUCAUCGGAAAGAAUCAGGCUGAGGGUGUCCACUGCACUGGUCACUGCACUCUCGAGUAUGUCUGGUGGGAGGAUGUUUGCGAGGACGCUCUCUCCAUCAAGAACGACAAGGCUGGGUCACAGACCUGGGUCAUCGGUGGUGGUGCUUACCACGGCUCGGACAAGAUCAUCCAGCACAACGGCUGCGGUACCGUCAACAUCAUCAACUUCUACGUUGAGGACUACGGCAAGCUCUACAGGUCCUGCGGAAACUGCUCCAAGCAGUGCAAGCGUAACGUCUACAUUGAGGGUGUCACCGCUAAGAAUGGUGGUGAGCUCGCUGGUAUCAACGCCAACUACAAGGAUACUGCUACUCUCAAGAACGUUUGCUCCGACGCAAAGACGAAGUGCCAGAUGUACAACGGCUGCGCUGGUGGCUGCGAGCCCUCUAAGGCCGGUACCUGCUCCGGUUAA